AUGUCAGACAUAUACAUCCCUUUUUUUACAAUAGUCACCACAUACUUUUCGUACUUUAUAGUUAUUGUGUUAGGCCACGCAAGAGACUUUGUUGGACAAAUGAUCUUCCCAAAGCUGUACAAGCACAUGUUUGCAAGCGAUGGAAGGCCGCCUCUUUUCACAGCAUCUGGGAGCUUCUACACAAGGCGUCUGUACGGCCGUCUAAGCGACUGCUGGAACAGGCCCAUCACGGGAAUACCCGGGAGAAAUGUUAAGGUUCUGAUCAGAGCCCGAAAUAAAGACGGAGACAUGAGUCUCACAGGAGAGUCGAAAGUGUGUCUGAAUUUGGCAUCGUACAACUACCUUGGAUACGCUGGGAAGUACAACAACGAAGCGAAAAAGGCACUGCACAAGCACCCUAUCGCAUACUGCGGGCCUGUUAAGUUUCUUCCUCCGUGUCCUCUUGUAAAAAAGCUGGAAAAGGAAAUAUCAGGGUUUCUCUACAAAGAAGACGCCAUUGUGUUUCCCAUGGGGUUUGCCACCAAUGCAUGCUCUAUCCCGUAUUUGGUGAGUAAAGGCGAUUUGAUCAUUGCAGACUCGCUGAACCACUCUAGCAUCUUUUUUGGGACAAGAAUCAGCCCGUGCAAAGUCGAGAGGUUUGCGCACAAUGACAUUCCCAUGCUCGAGAAGAUCCUGCGAAAAGCGAUAAUCGAGGGACAGGACAGAACACACAGACCGAUAGGCAGAAUACUGGUGAUUGUCGAGGGGAUCUACUCCAUGGAGGGAGAGUGUGUGAAACUAAACGAAAUAAUCGAGCUGAAGAAAAAGUAUCCUUUCUACCUCUUUAUAGACGAAGCGCAUUCGAUUGGCGCAAUGGGAAAGACAGGCCGUGGUGUCUGCGAGUAUCUAGGCGUGGACUUCAAAGAUAUUGAUCUUCUGAUGGGGACAUUCACGAAGAGCUUUGGGGCAUCUGGGGGGUACAUUGCAGCCAAUAAAAAAAUCAUCAAUUUGCUGAGAAAGCGAUCAGAGCUAAUAAACAGAGGAGAGCAGAUGCCGCCUGUUGUGGCGACACAGAUCCUUGAGUGUCUUAAGAGAAUGCAAACAGAGGAGGGCAUUGCCGAGAUACAGAAGCUAUCAGCAAAGUCAAGAUACUUUCGGAGCGCUCUUCUGAAAAUGAGGUUUAUUGUCAUCGGAGAAAAAGACUCGCCUGUCGUCUCUCUGAUGCUGUACAACCCCGGGAAAAUAGCAGAAUUUUCUCGGAUGUGUCUUAAAGAGAACAUUGCAGUGGUGGUUGUAGGAUACCCCGCUACGCCUGUUAUCAGCAGUAGGGUCAGGUUCUGUCUGUCAGUUGCCCACACAAAAGAAGAUUUAGACAGGGCUCUUUCUGUGAUUGAUAAGAUAGGAGACCUACUAGGACUAAAGAUGGCAAAAAAAGAACAUAUUCUUCAACAAUAA